AUGGAGCAAAAUACGAGAGAUUUAGAACUACGAGAGCAGGACCGGUGGUUACCUAUUGCGAAUGUCGCCAGACUUAUGAAAAACACUCUACCACCCACAGCUAAAGUGUCAAAAGAUGCUAAGGAAUGUAUGCAAGAGUGUGUUUCUGAAUUCAUAUCCUUCAUUACUAGUGAGGCUUCCGAUAAAUGUUUGAGGGAAAAGAGAAAGACAAUCAAUGGGGAGGAUAUACUAUACCUGAUGUACGACUUGGGGUUUGAAAAUUAUGCAGAAGUGUUAAAAAUAUAUCUUGCUAAAUACCGAGAGCAACAGGUUCUCAGGCAAGAGAGAGGCGAAACAAGACUCACCAAAAAGCAGGCCAAGUUGCAGGCAGCGCAACAGCAAGCAGCACAAGAGGCAGCAGCAGCGUUAGAGGUGACGACGAAUGAGAUUAGCGAGACGGGGGAUGUUGAAGAGAUGGUGGAGAGUAGUUAUUGA